UCCUCAACAUGUGGCAAUGGGCUCAAAAACUCUGGGGAUCCUCACGACGCCGACUAUCACUCAUUCAAGGUGUUGGUCCAGCCAUGGCCACUCUCAGGAGCAGUGAACCCAGGCCAGUGCCCCUCUCUUACAGGCUCCUGGAUGGUCAGGACACUCUCCCACCUGUCGUUUUCCUGCAUGGGCUGUUUAGCAACAAAAACAUCUUCCAGGCUGAGGCUGAGGCCCUGGCACAGCAGACAGGCAGAAAGGUAUUGACAGUGGAUGCUAGGAACCAUGGAGAGAGCCCUCAUAGCCCUGACUGCAGCUAUGAGGCCAUGAGCGCCGACCUGCAGGCUCUGCUGUCGAAGCUAGGACUCAGCCCCUGUGUCCUCAUCGGGCACAGCAUGGGAGGCAAGACAGCCAUGGCGCUGGCACUGCAGAAGCCAGAGCUGGUGGAACGUCUGGUCUCAGUGGAUAUCAGCCCCUUGGUGGCCACCGACAUGCCAAAGAUCUUUAAAAUUAUACCUGUUAUGAAGGCUAUAAACAUCCUUGGAGAUAUUUCCAACUCUGAAGCUUUUGAAGUAGUUGAUGAGUAUCUGAAGCUAUUUGUCAAGGAUUCAAGUAUUCGGCAGUACCUGUUCAACAGUCUGGUGCGGGUCAAUGGGCAAUAUGUGUGGAAAGUCAAUGCUGAAAACCUGUGGCAGCAACAAAACUUGUUUCUGGAUAGUCUUCAUAUCCAGGGUGUCUAUCGUGGCCCCACACUCUUCCUCAGAAGCACGAAUUCGUCCUUCAUCCCGUCUAGUCACUACUCCAAGAUUAAGUUACUGUUCCCUGAAGCCCAGUUCCAAACCAUCCCUGAUGCUGGCCACAUCAUCCAUAUCAAGAAGCCCCAAGAGUUCAUGAACAGUAUCCUCAGUUUCCUGUCCUAGAAGAUGUUCCCUCUCCUCACAUUCCACUUUCCAACUUUCAAACACUCAGAGAGCCCUAGGCACUUCCUUUCUUUGGAAUCUUUCUUUUUAAAAAAAAAUCAUCUUUUUCUAAUUCAGAACUGAACAAACACCAAUCAAUAUGAUCAUUCUCAUAGGAAUAGAAUAAGAGAAAAAGAGAAUUGUAGAAAUUGUGAAUCUCUGUUAUGAACAGCUUGGGAUAUUUUUUGAAUUGUAUGAUAAAUUCAACAUUGUAAAAAAUGAUUUCUCUUGGUAAUCUGUGUUUUAGGGACUCAAAACUCCACCCCCCAGCCUUCUGCUUCAAAUUUCAUCAGAAAGAUCCCUGAUAAUGAGAUUGCAUUGAAUCUUCUUAUCCUGGUCAAACCCAACCCACACCUGAAUUGAUUUUAUCCUACUCAGGCUUGGGUGGAGACUAUUGCCCGGAUAGAUUGAGGCUAGGAGUGGUCUGGUGGAAUGAUCGCAGGUUUAUAUAAGGCCCUGUUGAAAAGGUGUAUAACCCUG